GUCAAGUAUAACAACUAGUUGAUACUCGUAUAUUUCCUCAAUUGCCGAGCCUGUAAAGUCAUUGCUAAUUUCAGCAAUAUGGUGUACAUUGUUUCAUGUCAAUAAUAUGCGGUACAAUAAAAUCUAACAAAUGGAAAUCUUACAAAUAUAUGGUCUGUAGUAUAAAAACAUAUACGUGAUCAGUCUGAGUCACAUAUUGGUUGACAGUAAGGUAUACAUCCAGAGGUUUCCCAGUAUGGACCAACAUGAAAUAUGAAUGACGAUGACGACGUGGAAGAGUUCAGCAAAAAGUAUGUGGUGGGAAAAAGGCUGGUUACACAGUACCUAGAACAUCUUCGCGAACUAGAAAGAAGGAAAAAAAAGAGGGAAGAUAGCAGAAAGCGCGCAAAUCUGGAAGAAAAGAGAAAGACCUUUGAAGAUUACAACUGGAAAGCUAUUUGCAGGGAAGGAAAAAUAAAGAAACUGAAAGUUGUUGUAUUGGACAUGUAUAUAUCAAUGAGAAAUUUGAAGCAGUCGAAAGGGGCGUUAAGGUGGCUCCAUACAGUUCCGUAGUAUAAAUGCCUUAUUGCGUAAAAAUUUCAAUUUAUAAAUUUUAUCACUCCAUCUAUUAAUUUUAAGCAUUGCCGAGUAUAAAUUAAGUAUUUGGUAGAAAAAAUUUGCAAUAUUCUUGAACAUAAUAUUGUUUCCAUGGUAACAGUAGCCUCGCCAAAUAUGGUAUUUUUUGCUAUUUUAGGCAGGUUUUUAUUCUUUAUUUUCCGAAUAUUGCCGGUGACCCCCAAUUUUUAACUGC